CGUUCGCCCUCUUCCUUACUCGUUCGUUUGGAAGGAAGCCCUCGAUCGAGUAACGGCGCCAAAGAUCCACUCUUCUCCCUCCCCCUCCUCCCUCCCGAUCCAAACCCGUAGGAUCCGAUACCAUGGCUGCCGCCCAGCCGGAGAACUCGGAGGCGCCCAGCUCAUCGCCGUCGCCUAGGGUCGCGAAGCCGAACGGCAACGCCACUACCGAGAUCUCCUCCGUCCACGACGGUGAGCCCUCCGACCGCAAGGAGGUUGAUGCUCUGACACAGGCCCUCUCGACGAGGAGCGAAGAGUACCGCUUGCUGUUCCGUCUUCCUCCUGAUGAGGUUCUUCUUCAAGAUUUUAACUGUGCCCUCCAAGAAAAUAUUUUUCUUCAGGGUCAUAUGUAUUUGUUUACCCACCACAUCUGCUUUUAUUCCAACAUUUUUGGAUUUGAGACAAAGAAAAUAAUUCUUUUUCAUGAGAUAACUUGUGUUCGUAAAGCAAAGACAGUUGCAAUCUUUCCUAAUGCUAUCGAAAUCAUUGCAGGAGGGAAAAAGUACUUCUUUGGAUCUUUCUUGUCCCGGGAUGAUGCAUAUCGGCUAAUUAUUGAUGGCUGGGUGCAAUAUGGUGGAGGCACAAAAGCUUUCCAGGAUUCUCAGGAUUCAAGAUUGGAGGCCAGCAGUCAAAACUAUUCCUUUAUCUUUGAGAAAUUGAAUGGAUGUAAAGCAUCGGCAGAUGACUCAUCAUUUUUAAACAGAACUAAGGAUACCAUUGUUCUUCAAGAAUCUAAAUCUUUGCCUAAUGGUAAAGUUGACAGCGAUAUCUCCAUAAAGCUUUUAGAAGUCCAGGAGAAUAAGGAUGAAGGAAAUGCUAACCAGCCAUCAUCUCAAAAUCCUUUUACAUGGACCAUCGAGGACAUUGAUGCUCCUAAAGUGCCUGAACAUUUUGUAAUGCUUGCUGAGUCCAAUUUUCCGCUCCUUGUGGAGGAUUUCUUUGGUCUAUUUGUUUGUGAUCGUGCUGCUGACUUUUUGAAAGAUUUUCACACAAGAUGUGGUGACAAGGAUUUCCAUUGCACUUCCUGGCAUAGGCAUGAACAGUUUGGACACACCCGUAACGUUUCAUUUCUACAUCCCAUCAAAGUAUAUCUUGGUGCUAAAUUUGGACAUUGUCAGGAGGUCCAGAAAUUUCGUGUGUACAGAAACAGCCAUUUGGUGAUCCAAACAUCACAGAAUAUUCAAGAUGUGCCGUAUGGUGAUUACUUUGAGGUUGAGGGAUUCUGGGAUGUGGUCCAAGAUAAUAAUGAAGAAAAUAGCUGCACCGUGAAAGUAUAUUCUAAUGUUGCAUUUUUAAAAAAGACAAUUUUCAAGGGGAAAAUAGAACAAUCAACUAUGGAGGAGUGUCGAGAAGUUUAUGCUACUUGGAUGAACAUUGCUCGUGAAAUAUUGAAGGAAAAGAACAUGGAACGAUUGAAAGGAAUUUCUGAGCCGAACACAUGCAUUGUUCAAGAUAAUGACAUCAAAUUUGAGAAUCCAUCAAAGCUUGAAGGGUCAAUAGCAAAUUCAACAUUAAAGUCUACAGAUAUUAUAAGGAACAUCCAUGAGACUAUAAACUGUAACUCAGGGAUUGACGAUCAUAUGAAAGACAAGUCUGAAAGAUUUCCUCUGCUGACAUCUAUAUUUAAAGAAUCGUGGGCAACCUUCAUUUCAUGUAUCAAGAUGCAAAAUCAGUUGGCUUUGGUUUUAGCCGUGGCAUUUAUUGUUUUUAUCUUGAUGCAGUUAAGCAUCAUUCUUCUUCUAACUAGAGUUCCUGAAGUCAAUCUGGUUACCCAUGGAAACUAUGUAAGAGAUGUUGGUAUCGAUCAUGUGGAGAACAUAGAGUGGUUGGAGAAGCGCUUCAUCUACCUAAAGGAAGAAAUGAUUACGGUAGAAUCUCGAUUGGAGAGGAUGCGUCAAGAAUACACACUAUUGAAGUCUCAUCUUCAAAGUCUUGAGCAAUUAAAGGCAAAGUCAUGACUACAAAAUAGAUAUCAUGGAGCCGCAUAUGAACAGAACCUCUGACUAGUAAGUUUGUCAUUCUAGGUGAUGUGCCCAGGCUCUGCCCAAACUUGAGCUUUUUCAUAAUCUAGAUGCUCUUCUUCAAGGUUGUUUUAUAUAAUUCAGUUCUGUACAUGAACUAUGUAAAGCAAAUUUAGCGUUAACUAAUUCAGUUUUGAAACUGUAUCUUCUUUUAUGUAUUUCAUGGUUUUGAUCAUUUUUGUUCUCUUCAAAAGAUUAUAUACUUGGAAGUUCGAACAA